AUGAGCCUGUGUUUGGCCAGCGUCACUCCAACGUUAUUCAUACUGCUCGAAGCCCGUUAUGGGCAGUCCACGAUACAAAACUAUGACGCAAUCCUCCGAAAUAAGCCUCUGGCAUCUAGCCUGAGCUUCGCGUGGCGUGUGAUCCUCGUAGUCAUGCUAUCACUUCCCAUCGGUCUCAGUGUAGCGUACAAAACAUUUACAGGCGGCGAAAGCAGUAUGAAUAUUCACAUGCUCGAUUAUGUUCCGAACGGCACGUACUUUGGUCUUUUCAGACCGCCAGGAAUCGUAUCAGUGACUGGAACCUCCAUCUAUCUCAACGCAACCACCUCACUUCGAGACGCAACCGGACGAGCAGCAAAUGGCUCUGAACCUCCCCUGCCGACCUUUCCUCAGCCUUACGGCUACAACAUUCUGUUGCUGAACGAAUCCAGCGCUGCCUCACUCGACCUUCUCCAUCCCGAUUAUAUCCUAGCGAUACAGAAGCUCCUUGCUGCCGGCGAGUCUUGGACCAUCACGGCGCCCGUGAUCGGUACCGUCGCUACUUUCAACGAAUCGGCCAUCAACGACCGCCCUGCGUUCGAGGAAGACUUUGAGUCUAUCUGUACGUGGUCCAUCAGUCGAGGUGGUUUCCAGCUUCUUAGCGGCUCUUGCGACAGCACCAUCCUGCCGUGGGCCAAGCAGCAGGUUAUCCAGUGGGAUACCCUGGCACUUCAAUCAUGGUACAUGCCAUCUUUGAUAGAGAUGAUGACUACGUUCCGCGGAGAUGCCUCGCACAAAUUCAGAGGCAAUCAGUCUCAUUGGAUGAGGCCAUACAUGACGGUUUCUGUGGCGACUAUGCUGUGGUCAAGAAUUACAUCGGUGCAACUAACGGAUGCUGUUUUCGACUCAGAAACAUUCAACAAAAGCUCGUUUGGAUGGCGGUCUAGUAACGGAACUAACAUCACCCAUGAAAACGCUGGUGUGAUGUAUGCCGUCGACGAAGAUGAUCAGAUUAUCUUGUGCAACCGACCGACGCUACAAAAAUCUUUCUGGCUCUAUCUGGUCUUGGCAAUCCAGCCCGUUUUACUGCUAGUGAUUCUCGGACUUAUUGCUCUAUUCCAUUCAUGUCCCUUGAGCAAAGGGUUCGGCCUUAUAUCGAUUCUAUCGGGCAUUGAGAGUCGAAGCCUGAAUAGCCUAGGCGGGGCAUCACUAUCGGGGGAGCUUGUGCGACCUGUAAAGCUAGUCAUGGGCCCCAACCAAGGCAGUGAGACGAGUUCUAUCCAUUACCACAUUGUCACUUCCUCAAAAGAGCUACAUAGCAAUGAAAGACUAGCACGGAAUGUGGUCUAUCAUUGA